UCAGGAACUCACCAAACUGUAGUAAACGUGACAGUACGAUGGGAAUUGGCUUUAUCAAAUCGAGUUUUGCCAUGUUUGUGAUGUUAAGAACAUCACGAACACACCCUGUAUUCUUCGCGUUUUGUAAUUCUGUCCUGCUCGAAGUCGACAACUAAUAGAUUCGUGGACAAAGGAAAACGGUGUCGAGCAUUGAGGUGCAGACCAGCGCAGUGCAGGAAUGGAUCCUCUGGGAGCACGCUCUCAGUUUGUGGAGGUCCAGACUCUGUCCACCUGGGAGCGGCAGCCGGACCCUGAGGGAGAGAAGGAGUACAACGUCAGCCAGCAGGCCUUCCUAUCCCCCUUCCCCUACAGAGAGGACAUCAACAGGAAAAUAGUGCUCUAUAAUGGCGAUGUUGCCCUGCUGAACUGCACAGCGAUCGUCAACACGAGUAAUGAGACUCUGACGGACAAGAACCCUAUCUCUGAGAGCAUCCACACUUACGCUGGGCCUGAACUUCGAGACGAGAUGCUAAAACUGAAAGGAUGUCGGACAGGCGAGGCAAAGAUGACCAAAGGCUUUAACCUGGCGGCGCGCUUUAUCAUCCACACGGUGGGCCCCAAGUACAAAACCAAGUACAGGACGGCUGCUGAGAACUCUCUGUACAACUGCUAUAGGAACGUCAUGCAGCUCGCCAAAGAGCAGGCUAUGGCGUCUGUGGCCGUCUGUGUGGUCAGCACAACUAAGAGAGGAUACCCACUGGAGGAUGCCACACACAUUGCCCUCAGAACGGUCCGCAGGUUUCUGGAGAAAUAUGGAGAGAGCAUAGAGACAGUGGUGUUCGCCGUGACAGACAUGGAUGAGCCCACAUACAGGAAACUGCUGCUUCUCUACUACCCUCGUUCUGAGGAAGAGGAGCGUGCCAGCCUGCCCCUAAUCCCGGCUGACAUCGGGAACUCAGAAGGCGAGCCUGUAGUCCCAGAGAGACAGAUCCGCAUCACCGAGAAACCAGGCUGUCUGGAAGUUGACUCUGAGGCGGAGACUCUAGACUCAGACCUGGGCCAGGUGGGGACUCAUGCUUUUUCCCGGAUGGAGGGAGACGUGGACAAACAGCGCAAACUAAUCCUGCAGGGCCAGCUGUCUGAUGAAACCAUGCAGAAACAGCACCAGAGAAAUUAUAACCGCUGGUUAUGUCGAGCCAGAGCAGAGGACUUGUCUGACAUAGCAGCACUGAAAGCCUUAUAUCAAACUGGUGUUGACAUGUGUGGCAGGACAGUGAUGGUUCUUGUGGGCAGAAAUAUUCCUGUCAACCUAAUCGACAUGGAAAAGGCCCUGCUGUACUUUAUCCAUGUCAUGGACCACAUCACAGUGAAGGAGUAUGUGAUGGUUUACUUUCACACUCUGACCGGAGAACACAACCAUCUGGACUCUGAAUUCCUUAAGAAGCUCAACGAGAUUGUAGACACCAAGUUUAAGAAUAACUUGAGUGCUUUCUACUUUGUACACCCCUCUUUUCGCUCCAAGGUGUCCACCUGGUUCUUCACUACGUUCAGUGUGUCAGGGAUGAAGCAGAAGGUCCAUCAUGUAGAGACCCUCCAGCAGCUGUUCACCUGUAUCCUGCCUGAACAGAUAGACAUCCCUCCCUUUGUCCUGGAGUACGAUGCACGGGUGUGAACCAAUCAGAACUCCGACAGAGAGAGAUAAAAGCCAAGGACUCUGAGGGUGUUUCUCAAAAUGCAUACUUCCAUAUUCCGAGCACGCAAAUAGGCUCACGGGAGGGUCGAAGUAUGAGUCCAAAUCAAAGUAUGCGAAACAGAGCACCGAGGGCACUUCUUGAAUGCACACUCCGUUUUGUACAUAUUUUGAAGUAUGCAUCGAUGCUAGCUUCAAUGGAAAGUAUGUAAGGAAAUAUGACGCAACAGCGUUAGAAAUGGAGAAUUUCCCGAAAUCAUUGGUGGCCAUUAUUUUAGCUGAAGCAGAGAAAAUACACUCUGACUAAGGAAUGAAAUGUUGCCUAUUCACAUCUCAAAUGUUUCCUGACUACAAUACUUGAUCAUUAUAUGUUAAUAAAUACAUCCUGUGUUAAUUUUGGCAUGUUUAACUGCCUACGUACUGUAGAUCACAAGCACAUAAGUCAAUAGGGCUAACUGGCUAGCUACCACUGUUAGCCAGCCAGAUAGCUAUGAAUAAUUUACAUAUUGCAAAAUAUUAGUUUUAGGUCAUUUUUGCCUGUUAAACUAUCUGGUUAGCUACAUUUAUGAUUCUAGCUGAUAAUCUAGCUGAUAAUUAUGAAGUAAAUGUUUGCUUUGUGAAUGUCUUGUUUUGUCUUGUUGCCAUUGUGGCUGGAAGAAGGUUCAGUGACUGGGGAGAUAAAGCGUGAGGUAAUACAGUAGGGGGAGUGCGAGUGCUUCUCAGAUGUGAUGUUUUAUGCAUUCUCCACACUCUCGCCCUCAUAAGAACGUACUCAAUGAGAGUGUGGAGCACGGUAGUAUGCAUAUUGAGAAACACCCUGAGACUCAUUCUGCGUUCAUAUCCAAGUGGGAAGGAGGUUUUUACCAUAUACGACUGGGAAAAAUCCACUUGAACGCCCCUCCAACUGGUAAUUACUAGUGGGAACCUAGUCUAUUACCCCUGCGCUCAAACCACAUAAUUUUCAGCAGAUAAAUGCAACAACAAAGCAAUAUAUUAAUAUGGUUUGUGAACACUCAUUUGUUUAAGUACAGCAUAAUAGCUGUACUUUUAAUUUAUGGUUGAUGCAGCUGGUUUGCUAUAAAAAAUAGAGUUGCACACUCUAUGAACUCCCAGUAAUUUAUUGGGUAAACCACCAACGUUUUGGCAUCCCUGUGCCGCCUUAACCUGGUUCAAGCAUUCAUGACAUUACCCUUUUAUGUCGACAAACGGUGCACCCAAUGACAACAGUGAGCGGUGUCAUGAUUUAUUAGGUCGAUUUGAAUUAAUUGAGUGACACUGUUAAGACGAUAGUUUACAGCAUGAAUAUAUUAGGCUAUUAUCAUAUGGCAACAUAAUUAGAUAUUGUACAUAAUAUUAGCAUCAACAAACAUUGUUUAAAUUCAUUUCACAGUAACAGAAGUUUGGACACACUCGUUCCAGGUUUUUAUUUUUUUUACUAUUUUCUACAUUGUAGAAUAUUAG